UAAUACCAACUACGAACCAUGUCAGGAUACGAUCGUGCGCUAUCAGUUUUCUCACCAGAUGGUCGCUUGCUUCAAGUAGAAUACGGUCAAGAAGCUGUUCGCCGUGGUACUACUGCGAUUGCUCUUCGCGGAAAAGACUGUAUCGUUAUCGGUGUGGAAAAGAAAAAUGUUCCCAAAUUACAAAAUCCUGGAAGCUUCCAAAAAAUUGCGAUGAUCGACAAUCACGUUUGUUUGGCUUUUGCUGGUUUAAAUGCUGAUGCACGAGUUCUGAUUGAUAAAGCCCGUGUAGAGGCUCAGUCACACAAAUUGAACUUAGAAGACCCCGUUUCUGUAGAGUAUUUGACCCGUUACGUAGCUGGUGUUCAGCAGAAGUAUACACAAGCAGGCGGUGUCCGACCUUUUGGUGUGUCGACACUAGUUGCCGGCUUUGAUGUUGGCAGUAACAUUCCCAGAGUUUACCAAACAGAGCCAGCAGGUGUUUACAAUGCAUGGAAGGCUUCUGCUAUCGGUCGUUCUAGUAAGGCUGCCCGUGAAUUUUUGGAAAAAAAUUGGAAGGAAGACUUGCCUCGUGAUGAAUCUAUUCGUCUUACAAUCAACAGUCUCUUAGAAGUUGUUCAAACUUCUGCCGGUAACAUUGAGCUGGCAAUUUUGGACCCUGGUAAGGACGUUGAAUUUCUUCCUUCUGAACAAAUUGAUUCCAUCGUUAAAGUACUUCAGCAAGAGAAAGAGGCUGAAGCCGCUCGUAAGAAAAACGGUCGUACUGCUGCUUCUGCUUCUUCUACAACUCAAUCAUGAUUUCCUUUUCUUUCGUUCUGCAGCUUUGUUGAAAGACUUUCCUUUCCUGUAUUUUUUUUACGAUGCUUGUCUCCUAACUAACGCCUACAAAUCUUCGUCUUAUAUAACCUUUCUCAUAACUGAUCUUAUGAAAUUAGAGUUUUCAAUGAUACUUUUGCAAUUGAUGUGGUUCUUAAAUAUGGUUCCCAUUGCUAAAAUUAUGGCCUAUUUAUUAUCCUUAAUCCUUAAUUAAACACGCCGUAUAUUCCAU